CUCACACUCACACUCACACUCACGCUCACAUACUCACUCUCAGCCUGAAAAUUGAGUCUUUUUACUCUCUUUGUUACAUCUUCUUUAUCCUACUCAUCGUCAAUCAGUUGAGACGAUAGACGCUGAUCAUUGUCAUCGCUCAACUCAACUCAAUUAUACACUCUACUAUCGUCAGCCACCAAACCAUAAACUCCCCAAGGACAAGACAACCUCAAAAAUGAACAGAAAUCACAACUACAGAACGGGCUCCUUCAACUCCAUCUCUCGUCCCUACCUCCCCUCAAUCGACGAGAACGAAAUCGCCUCUACACCUUCAUCUCACAGUCCUCCAACACCUCCCCUUCGCAUCCCCCGGAAAUCACCCCGGCGCGCUCUUCGCAACAAUGCAAUUCCACCGGCGUAUGUACCUAGAGGACGAGUAUACUAUGCUCCGCCCGUGGCGCACUAUAACCCACCGCCUAGCUACAGCCACAACUAUAGCGAUGCUAAGGGUAAAUUCUUAGAGCAUGAGUAUUCUGAAGCUGGGAGCUAUAGAGAGAGGAAGGUUUGUGGACUCGAUAAGCGCAGAGGAUGUUGUCUAUUGGUUAUUGCGCUCGUGGGUGUUGCUAUUGUCGCUGUUGCUCUGGGUAUUGGACUUUCAAUAGGGCUGAAGGACGAAGACAGAGCACCUCCACAGGAGACUUCAACUUCAGAAACUCCAGCUGCAUUCCCGGCGGGUUCUUUUGCUUUCAAAGCAGAUCUUCAAAACACCACCACAGACUGUACUUCCAACCCGUCAACAUGGCGCUGCUAUCCGUACGAAAAAGGCUCAUCAGCAACGUUCUUCUGGAUAAUCUCAUCUACCAACGGCUCCUCGUACAACAUCUCAUCCACAGAAAACCCCUUCGCACCAUCCUUCACGAACUUGACUCUCAAGGUGCUUGACAAGGAUACAUCUCUCGAGCGUCUUCAGUUUUCUUUCUCAAUGAACAAGACGGUCGUGCCAGAUGAUCAGCUCUCGUCGAGCAAUCGUGCAGCAAAGUGUACUUUCGACGACACGCUUUUCGAAGCUACACUGUGGACGCAGCGGAAAAGAGGCGACGAGGCGGCUGGAAAUACAAAGUUUGCGGCUUGGCCGGGCGAUGUUGACGUUGUUCAGCGCAAGACAUUUAAUGGAGGAUCACCAAAUUGUGUGGACAGCGAGGGUGGCCAAGUAGGCGAUGUAAAGUCGGAGUCUGGGGCGUGCGAGUGCCGCUAUGCAAACUACGAUAUUAACUAGGUUGUCUCUAUCUGUAUUUAAGCUGGACGAGUUAAAUGUUGGGACUUCGUUACGAGGAAACCAAGGUGGAUGGAUAUAGUAGGUUAGGAGUUAGUGAUACCCAGGACCAACAAGUUCUAUAAUCAAUUAAUUGUAUUAGAAACAAAAAAAAAAAAAAAAAGCAA